UUCCAGAAAGAUGGCACAGAGCGCGUAUUUUCUGGCAUUCAGCCUACAGGAAUCCCCCACCUGGGCAAUUACCUGGGAGCCAUUGAGAGCUGGGUGAGAUUGCAGGAGGAGUAUGGCUCUGUGCUGUACAGCAUUGUUGAUCUACACUCCAUCACUGCCCCACAAGACCCAGCCACCCUACGGCAGAGCAUCCUGGACAUGACUGCUGCUCUUCUAGCCUGUGGCAUAAACCCAGAGAAAAGCAUCCUUUUCCAACAAUCGCAGGUGUCUGAACAUGCACAGUUAAGUUGGAUCCUUACCUGCAUGGUCAGGCUACCCCGCCUGCAACACUUACACCAAUGGAAGGCAAAGACUGCCAAGCAGAAACAUGACGGAACUGUGGGCCUGCUCACAUACCCAGUACUUCAGGCAGCUGACAUUCUGCUAUACAGGUCCACACACGUUCCUGUCGGAGAAGACCAAGUGCAGCACAUGGAGCUUGUUCAGGAUCUAGCACAAGUUUUUAACAAGAAGUAUGGCGAGUUCUUUCCGGUGCCCAAGUCCGUUCUAACAUCAAUGAAGAAGGUAAAAUCUCUCCGUGACCCUUCUGCCAAAAUGUCAAAAUCAGACCCUGACAAAUUGGCUACAGUCAGGAUAACAGACAGUCCAGAGGAGAUUGUGCAGAAAUUCCGCAAAGCUGUGACAGACUUUACCUCUGAGGUCACCUACGAUCCAGUCAGUCGAGAGGGUGUCUCCAACAUGGUCGCCAUUCAUGCCGCCGUAACUGGACUCAGCGUGGAGGACGUGGUCCACCAGAGUGCUGGUAUCGACACUGCUCGAUACAAGCUGAUGGUGGCAGAUGCUGUGAUUGAGAAAUUUGCACCAAUUAAGAGUGAAAUUGAAAAACUGAAGAUGGACAAGGGCCACUUGGAGAAGGUUUUACAAAUUGGGUCAGUGAAAGCCAAAGAAUUAGCAUUCCCCAUAUGCCAGGAGGUGAAGAAAUUGGUGGGGUUUCUAUAG